GGCCCGCGGGGAGGCCGGAGGGGCGCCUGGCCGGCUGUGCGGCGCGGGGCCCGGCUGUGCGCGGCGCUGUGGGCCGGGGUUUCCAGGUGGGGCUGACUGAUGUCAGCUGGUGGGUGGAAAGGCUGGAAUCCCGCGGGUGCAGCUCUUCAAGCCCUGCUCCACUUAGAAGGUCUGAGCUGGCAGGCGCUCGUGUCUGAGGUGGGGCUGGUCGCGGCGCUGCUGCGGCUCGGCGCACUGGGCUCCCCGCAGCUGCUCGCAUCGCCGGGGUGAGUGGCGGGGUGGGCAUUGCACGUGGGGUGGGAGAGGCAGCCCCACAGCAGGGAUGUGAGGGGUGGUGCUGUCAGCAGGAGAUGGCAGUCCCCUCUGUGCACCUCCAGCCUGGACAGUGAGGGAGGGUCCUGCGUCCUUUGUAGAACUGGUGAAUGGAGCCGUGCAUCACCCCAGGGGAUGGGCUGCAGAGCAGGGAUUUAAGCAGCUAGAGGUGGUUUCCUGCAUUGCCAGCGUGGGGGGAAAUACUCCAAAAGGGCAGGUGUGGUCUACCUGCAGUGCCAUGAUGCCAAGCCAUAGGGCUGCCUCCUGUGCCUCCAGUGCCAGCACUCUGGCUGAUGCUGAACUCUUUCGGUGGGAUCUGUGGGUCCGCAGUGUUUGUAUAUGGAGGGAAACAUCUUGUUUGCUGCCCUCAGCUUGUGCAUACCACAUAAAUGAGAAGCUUGUGGCUUUGCAUGGAGCUGGGUGUCCUUGUCCCCCAUGCUGUGAGUGAGGCAGGGAUGGGAGAAGGGAGAAUUUGGGGUCCUUGAGGAUGUGCAGCAGUAAGGAUGUCAAGAUGCUGUUCUCAUUGUGUUGCUGGGGUUGGCCCGGCUGUGACGGAUGUGGGAGGGCUGGAGGGAGGCUCCAGAGAGGGCUGGUCUCCUAGCUGAGGAUUGCUGCUGGCUUCCUCUGCCUCCAUUUCCGUGCCCAAGCUGCUGGCUGAUCUACCUGCCAGUGAGGCAGCAGCCCCAAGAUGGGCUCAGGGGGGACAGGGUGGCUCUUCCAUGCUACUGGGGCUGGAAACCCUCCUGCCUACCUCAUGCCAUGCUGCCAUCCUGGUCUGAUACAGCCCCUUCUGUGCUCUGAUACAAGGAUUUCAGGAUCUGUUCCCUCUCCUGGGCUCUGGUUGGCUCUGCUCCGGGCAUGAGGGGCUCUCCUGCUCUGACAUCACGUGCUGCAGGAGAGGUUUCAUGCAGGACCUUGGAGGCUCGGUGGUGCACUUCCUGUUAUGGCCGGAUGGUUUAGGCGGCUCCUGCAGAAGCCCAAGCAGAGCUCCAUCCACGCAUCGAGCAGCUCUCAUAGCACCACCAGCCACUCACUUUCAUCCUCACCCUCCUCCUUUUCCUCCUCCUCCUCUGCUUGGAGCUCCAGCUCCUCCAGCAGCACCAGCACAGCUCAGCCUAGCCGCCCAGCCCCGGUGGACAUCAGCAGCUCGAGCAGCGCACGCUGGGCGAAGAGCUAUGAUGUGUGCAUCUGCCACAGUGAGGUGGACCUGGAGUUUGUGGAGGAGCUGGUGUCCUACCUGGAGAGCCAACCCCAGAGCCUGCGCUGUUUCCUGCAGCUGCGGGACAGCGUGGCGGGCAGUGCUGUCAUGACAGAGCUGUGUGAGGCUGUGCAGAACAGCCACUGCUGGGUGAUGCUCAUCACCCCCAGCUUCCUGCAGGACCCCUGGUGCAGGUACCAGAUGCACCAGGCGCUAGCAGAGGCCCCGAUGGCCAAUGGGCGUACCAUCCCUGUGCUGAAGGACAUUGACAGGAAGGAUUACCCCAGGGAGCUGAGGAACCUCUACUACAUCUACGUGGCUCUCAAGGAGAACAGCUUCAGGCAGAUCAGGGACACUGUGCUGCGCUACCUGGAAGAGCUGUGCCGGAGCUCCACGAGUGGAAUGCAGUAGUGCCUACUGGGGGCACUUGUAUCUGAGCAAAGCUAGAGGCAUUUCCAUGGGCAUUUCAGAGCAGUGGGACAAAGUGGAGCCCCUGGGGCCGGACACAAAGACCCCUCACGUCACUGCUGGGCUGCCAUUGUGCCUGCCCAGCUCCACUGUCCUGAGGAUGAGGGCUGUAUGGGGACAAGGCUGGAGACGGUGCAUCACUCAAGACAUCACACAAACACUAAAGUCCCACCAGGGGAAAGCACAGGGAGGGGCCUCCAGCGUCUUCUAUAGGUGAGGACACUCAGGGUGCCUGGAGCCUCCUGUGCAAGCUGACACCAUGAGGAGCCUGCGGCUGGAGCACGUUUGUACUGUGGGCUGUUAUGUUGCACAUUGUAUGAGCAGAAAUGCAGAAGUCUUAUUUUUUAA